AAGCUCAUCAGCUAUCGUUAGUGUAUUUUUUGUGUGGCCCAGGACAAUUCUUCCAGUGUGGCUCAGGGAAGCCAAAAGAUUGGACACCCCUGACAUAGAGGCUCAUCCUUCCCUAAGUCAGAUUCUUGCUUUUCGUAAACCUUUUCAGUUUCAGCCUCUGGUGUACCCAUUUCACCCUUCUCCCAGGCCCCUAUACCUUCAAGCUAUAUUCUCCUAAACUUGGACUACUUCAGAGGCUCUAAGUGUAGUCUUUCUGUCCUCAGAUUUCCUAUUUUCAUUGUCCCCAUUUCUCAUCUCAAUAUUUCAUUAACGUGCAUCAGAUCUUGUCUAGAUGUUAAGAGGAAAACAAUCUGGUGGAACUAAUUUACCUUAAUCUGUAAAUGACUCAUGAGCUCUUAACUCUUUCCAAGGUUUUUCACAUUUUUCGUAAGUCUGUAAGAGGUUGCUAUUGACUCAGAUAAUUUUAAAGUAAAAAUUGCAGGCUGCGUUGGGGGAGAGAAUUUCUAGUCUUCUGCAUAAGUAAGUUAAGCCUUACUAGGAUUUUGCCCUUGGUUACUUCCCACUCCUGGAAGUGUGUGCAUAUGUGUAUUGCUAUAUAUGUUUGUGUAUGUGUAUAUAAUAAUGAUUCUCAUAGCAUGGAGGGGAGAAGAUGCAAGAACAGUGAUUAUAAAUCCCUUUGACUAUAUGGAUUAUUAAUGAGAUACAUAUUUGAUGAUGACUUACACUGUGUUUAUAGGAACAGAGAAGCAACGACCUAGGAUCUCAUGACUGAACUUGAAUUCUUAAAAGGUGCUUAUAACCUAACAGUGACUUGUUCUGCAGAGCCAGGCAUGUUGCCUUCCUUGUGCCAUGACUCCUUCACAGCUGCACAGCAUUUACCACAUUGUGUUAAACCCAUCCAGAGUAAUGGCUGCGGCCUUACCCAGGACCCUGGGGGAGUUGCAGCUGUAUAGAAUAUUACAAAAAGCCAAUCUACUUUCUUAUUUUGAUGCCUUUAUCCAACAAGGUGGGGAUGAUGUCCAGCAACUCUGUGAAGCAGGAGAAGAGGAGUUUUUGGAAAUCAUGGCACUCGUGGGCAUGGCUAGCAAGCCUCUUCAUGUUAGAAGGCUGCAGAAGGCUUUGAGAGACUGGGUCACAAACCCUGGGCUUUUCAAUCAGCCGCUGACUUCCCUUCCUGUCAGUAGCAUACCCAUCUAUAAAUUACCAGAGGGAUCACCGACAUGGCUGGGAAUAUCCUGCAGUAGUUAUGAAAGGAGUAGCAAUGCCCGGGAACCUCAUUUAAAAAUCCCCAAAUGUGCUGCUACCACCUGUGUGCAGAGCUUGGGACAGGGGAAGUCAGAUGUGGUCGGGAGCCUAGCACUGCAGAGUGUUGGUGAGUCCAGACUCUGGCAAGGCCACCAUGCCACCGAGAGCGAGCACAGCCUCUCCCCAGCAGACCUGGGCUCCCCCGCGUCCCCAAAGGAGAGCAGCGAGGCGCUGGAUGCUGCCGCUGCGCUCUCUGUGGCUGAGUGUGUGGAGCGGAUGGCCCCCACACUGCCGAAAAGUGACUUGAACGAAGUGAAAGAGCUGCUAAAAACCAACAAGAAGUUGGCCAAAAUGAUAGGUCACAUCUUUGAGAUGAACGAUGAUGAUCCACACAAAGAGGAGGAAAUUCGGAAAUACAGUGCAAUAUAUGGCAGAUUUGACUCAAAGAGGAAGGAUGGGAAACAUCUCACGCUCCAUGAGCUCACUGUUAAUGAAGCAGCUGCUCAACUCUGUGUGAAGGAUAAUGCCCUGCUGACAAGAAGAGAUGAGCUUUUUGCCUUGGCUCGGCAGAUUUCUCGAGAAGUCACCUAUAAAUAUACUUACAGAACCACCAAGUCAAAAUGUGGAGAAAGAGAUGAAUUAUCCCCAAAGAGAAUUAAAGUGGAGGAUGGGUUUCCAGAUUUCCAGGAUUCUGUGCAAACGCUCUUCCAGCAGGCUAGAGCUAAGAGUGAAGAACUUGCAGCUCUUAGUUCACAGCAGCCUGAAAAGGUGAUGGCAAAGCAGAUGGAGUUCCUUUGCAACCAAGCUGGCUAUGAGAGACUACAGCAUGCCGAGAGGAGGUUGUCUGCAGGGCUUUACAGGCAGAGCUCAGAAGAGCACAGUCCUAACGGCUUGACUUCCGAUAACUCAGAUGGACAAGGAGAAAGACCUUUGAAUCUCCGAAUGCCUAAUUUACAGAACAGACAACCCCAUCAUUUUGUGGUGGAUGGGGAGCUGAGCAGACUUUACCCCAGUGAGGCAAAGUCCCACUCAUCAGAGAGCCUUGGGAUUUUAAAAGACUACCCUCACUCAGCUUUUACCUUAGAAAAGAAAGUCAUCAAAACAGAGCCUGAAGAUUCAAGAUAGCUGUGAUUUCUCUCACCGUUUUCUGGAAAUGGCAUCAGAUUUAAGGAUAAUACUCCAUCAUAGAAAUAAGCCUUAAUAACCAGUGUUGCCUCAUUCAGCUCAAACAGAUUUCAUAGCCAAAGCAAAAGGACUGGUACGGUAGUCUGUGGAAACUGGGAAGAUAAAACAACAGCCACAAAAGACAAAAUCAAAAGAGUGUUGCAAUCUAUAAUAGUAAUAUUGAUUCAUUCACAUUCCUGUGUUAAGUCAUUUUAUAUGGAAAGGCUUACAAAUCAAUAUUGUAAGCAUUCAUUAUUUAAGAAUGUACGAUGUAUUUGUGUAAUUUAUAGAAGUAAAAUCUAGAUGUUGAGACCUGUUUGGUCCAAUAGAUGUGGAUACAGUUUAUUUUACUUGAAAUUUUGUUGUCUACUUUGUGUGUUUAACGUAAAUAUAUGUCAGAGUUUAAAAUCUUUGCCUGCAGUUGUGAAAAAGAAAGCUUAAGUGAUGUAGUUAUUGGCAAGAUUGCAAUGAUUAUGGAAAAAUAGAAAGCAAAUACUCAGUUUAAGCCAAGGAAAAUAUUGUGGAUUUAAUAUUUGAUAAAACUGAUUUUGUUUAACAGGAAAUGUUUAGCAUUCACUCAUAUAACAUCUGGUUAUCAAUGCACGUUUACACAAUAAAUACUUGAGUGGAGGAAAGUUAAAAAGAUGAGCAAUAGAGUAGAAAAUAUCUCUUAAACUAGUUGACCUAGAUUGUAUUAAUAACUAUUUGAGAUGUUUCAAAGAUAGGAAGCUAUUACGUGGACAGAGAACUUGAAAUAAGUGGACCCAUGUAUAAAACCUUUGACUUAAACAUUGAUAUUUCAGAAUGUGUUAAAUAGAUUAAGACAUAGUAAGUUAACCCUACAUGUUAUAAAGAUGGCGACUGUUAACAAAGGCUGUAACAGAUUAAGUACUAUUUUAUAUCCAGAAAGUCUUCUCUAUGUAGAGAAGUCAGAGAGACUAGAUGCUUUCACCAGGGAAUGUCUUCCCACCCAGCCAUCACAAGUGUGGACAAUCACUGCAUCCACAUCUGUAGGCAUAUUUCUAUGGAAGUUUAGUUGACAGCUAUAUUCAUUAUUUAUUUUACAAUUUCAUUUUUCUACACCUUUGAGAUUUAUGAAUGCAGUUUUUUCUUAAAAUUUAUUUUAAUUUGACAGUAUGUUUUUAGUUCCCCCAAUUUAAUUAAUGGACCAUAUGCAUAUAUAUGGGAGUAUGCUUACAUGUUAAUAAUAUACUUGCAUACUUACAAGAAUUUCACAUUGGAAUUCAUAAUGGUAAAAAAACAUACAUCUGCCAAUAUACGUUUUUUCUGUUGGUUUAAGAGAAGAUAACUGACAGCUUUACCUACUUCCUACAGAUGCAUCUAAACCCAGAUAUUGCUGAGAAGAGUGUAUUGACUCUUUGAGUGUAAGAGAGUAUGUGUUUUUUUGUUUUUAGUUCUGCUCUAGAUCAUAACUGUAAAAAAUAUUAAGUCAUAAUCUGUUACACUAAAAUUUGUCAGCCAAAUGUUAGAUGAAAUGUCUGCACUGUAGUCUCAGAUCACUGUCACAUAUAUAAAUUGCUUCUUCAUUUUAAUUUGUAGAAGUACUUUACAGUAGGAAACACCAGUAAACAACUUUUAUACUGUUAAAAGGCUUUUUUCCCCUUCCUAAAUGUUUUAAUUGUAUCAUAGUGUUUUGCUCACUGAAGAAGCUUUUUAUGGACCUUGCAACUUUGUUGCUAGCUUGAGGUUGAUUAUUGUGGUUGUAUUGUUCACUGUGUGUAGAAAUAGUAUGAGUACGAUUUCAAUAGACUGUUCAGUUUUUAAUAUUAGCCAUAGCACUGGUUAGUAUCUCAGUAGUUUCAUGAAACGUUUCCUGUAUUCUAAUCUAUUUUGAAACUUUUUGUUUUUUUUUAAAUUGUGUCUUACAGUCAAGUUUGUAGAUUUUCAUAAGCCACAAUUUUAAAAGAUGCAGUAAUCUUCCAACUUCCAAUAUUUAUCCAUUCGUUGUGGACCCACACAUUGCAUCUUUAAAUUCAUAAUAAGUUUCCUUAACUAUCUUAUGUUUCUGGUCUUUUAAGCUUAGUGAUAAGGUGGAAGCACAAGAAAAAUUUCAGUAGAAUACAGUUUUUAUUUUGUAAACACUAAUGUAUUAAACUUGCUAUACAUUAAAGCAAAUAAUAUAUAUUUUUAUUUGAAUUGUAUAUGUGAAUUGGAAGUUAUAACUAGUUGAUUUUUUCAUUUUGUUAGAGGUAUUUUCACUGAACAAGGUCAAUUGGUUACCUCAGUAUUACAGCCAAUAUAGUCCAAGGGACCAUUUCUCCCCGAGUCUCUUACACUUUAUUGUGCGAUGUCCACGUUUUUGUGACUCUUCAAGCUGUUGGUGAGAUGGGACGAGUGCACUUGCUUCCUGUGGCAAUAAAGAUUUUCUGUGCCUCACA